GGCAUACGUGUGUGCCUCAAAGAACGUGUCGACUGUAAGUCGUAUGCCAAUGCUUUGUCUGACAGCAGUGGAUCGUUCCCUUUGUCCUUUGCGUCACCUGUCACAUCACUAAGCGGCAUCACUUCCCAAUUCUACUCGCACCAGCAUCAACAUAGUCAGCGCAAUCGGAGAUGCCCGACCUCAACACCCUUCCGAACUCUCCGCCUCCUUCCGCAGCUGCCCCGGCCGUCGUGAGACCACGGCGCAUAUCAAUCACCAGCAACAUUGAAGGCCCACCAUCACCUCGUUCACCAUCUCUGUCGUCACUGCAAGCCGCAGCAGCCAUGAACGCAAGCCGUCACUCACCACAUCGACAUCCACAAGGCCUCGAGCGCCGAAGAUCAAGUCUCAUGAACAACCUCUCCAUAAACGACCCGACCACACCCGCACCAGGCGAAAUGCAGCACAGCAACGGCGGUCCUAGCGCUGGCUCUCCUCGAGUGGGAAGGCGGUCGAUCGCACUGGCAACAGCGGAUCCACAUCACCAGCGCACGUCGAGUCUGGGUGAGAUUCACCAGGAGCUGGAAAAUGAACAAGAAGCGCAGGUCAACCGGCUACUCUACAUGAUCCGUCUGCAGCAGGACCAACUAGCCGCUAUGCAGCGACAACAGCAACAGCAAGCGGUGGUGGACCCUUCUUCGCCGACAUCAACCGAGCUCUCACACCCCUCUUUCGCUCUGUACACACCUACCAGCUCGGCAGCGACAGAGCACCCUUCCUCGCCGCGCUCGACUCUACCACCUCAUCUCCCCCAAGGCCAUUUCACGCGACCCGCAAGCCUCUCCCGCCAAUCUUCCGCCCGCUUCUCAACAGCAGGGACCAGCAGCGCCAACGGGUCUCCCUCUGUCCGACCUGUCUCCAGCAUUGGGCCGCUGACCGAGGACUUCCUGCUGGGUGGGAGCCGGGACGAAUGCGCCUUCUACCAGGCGGAGACGCAUGCGUUGACUCGAGAGAAUCAGAUGCUGAAGCUUAGGAUACGGGAGCUGGAGCGACAAGUCUCCGACCUGUCUUCGCCGAGCGCCAUGUCGUCAACAGCGGCGAACUUGACGCACGCUCCUAGCCAUCAUUCACCGCUGUUGACUCCGCCAGCGAAUCUAACAGGCGAUCAAGCUCCGGCGAUGGCGGCAGCGAUGAAGGCGGACUGAGCGACAUGUAAUUCUGCAA